GACACGGUACGGAGGCGAGCACAAGCUAGCAAGCAGCAAACUCUUUGACGUUGAUCAGAACUUAACUUCCAUUCGUCGUUCUCUUCUCCAGCAAAGAGUGCUUUUUGUUUCAUUUGGUUUUUUUCUGUUUUUCUUUUAACCAUAAUCUAUUGAAGUAUUUCAAUCCUCCCCCAUUAUUACCAAACUUUUCCAAUUCUUCAUCUUCUUCUUAUUGUUGUUCAUUUUUCUCUCCGUGCCGGUUAUAUCCGACCGCUGACAACAGUAGCGAUUUAAUCGACACCCCCGUUAAGAGAACGUAAACCCCUCUUUUUUGGUUGUUGCUAGUACGCGAGAGUAAACGUGAACUAUAAACGCGAAUUAUAACGCGAAUAUAAACACUUGGAAUUCUCGAACGAGUAUCACCAAUCGAGUGAGCCUAACCUGGUGAGCCAGCUGGUGUGCCGGUUAGUUAAUAUCGAGUAUAGUUAACGAGAAUUGGACCUUAGUCGUUCUCCUACCGUUGCUGCUUUCGAUCGACAACGGAAAAAUUGAGAAGAGAACGUGUUUCUUUCUCUUUCUCUCACUCACCACUCAAAUCAGUUAGUCAGUCACUCAGUCAGUCAGUUAGUUACUUUCUCUCUCUCUCUCUUUCUAUCACCUUCUCUAUCUUCUCUACUUGAAGCGGUGUUAGAAGUCGACUGCGAGGCACCAUGAGAAUCAUCUGUCUAGUAGCAAUUCUAAUCGCCAUUAUGGUGGGUACCGCAACGGCUCAGAAUUACAGACAACUCUACGCUGGUUUCGGUCCGUACUUUCAACAGAGCGCAGGAUUGAGGGAUCCAAGAUCUAACAGAGGCCCAAUACUUUUCCCACCUGGUCCGGAACCGAACCGCGCCGAUAGCAGCGGCGUGAUAGUCGGUGCUAGUGGCUAUGGAUUUGUACCACCGAAUUCAGGCUUCCUAAGGUAUUACUAUUAUUAAAUCGAGGUGAACGAGACUGGAUAUCGAAUAUUGGCGUUUACCUAACAGAAGACGAAGUGGCAAUAUGGAACUUGAGCACGCUGAGUGUCACGAUACUUUCGUGCAACAACCUAAUAUAUAUAUUUGAAAAUGAUGUAAAAUUUAAAUUGUUGCGAUCUAAUUACGGAAAAAAAGGGAAAACGAAGGUAAAACGUUAAACGAGAUCGGGGAGUAAUUAAUUAAAGUGCAAUUUCAUUUGAAGUCUUAAUAGCGAUGCAUACCAAAGUUUUAUGCAUUAAUAGCUGCGUAUCGAAGUGAUCUCAAUCGAAAAGUCAAAUAGAUCAAUAAUAUUGUAAUUAUUAAUGUAUAGCAAAAAACAAAAAAUAUGAAUAUAACGAAUCACACUUUUUUUUAGCACUUCGAUUUUAACAGUUGUUGAUUCACGAGUUUGUAUUCGCUCGUUAUUGUUAAUUAAUUUCUUAAUAUCUAUGAAGUACACAUGUUAGCAUACUUUUAUUUAUUUAUUAUUAUUAUUAUUAAUAUUAUUAUUAUUAAUAAAAAAAUAAUCGUACUUCGAUUGUGCUAAUUAAUAGCACCGAAGGAAGCGAUUUUAACCGUCCUAACUGAUCGUGUUCAAAAUGUUACCAUUAUUGUAUAUAGAAUAAAUAUUACAUAAUAUAUUAUAUUGUACGAG